AUGUGCUCAGGUCAGAAGCCAAUACUCCAGUCACUUAACUACUCUUGGGCUCUAAUUUCUGCGUCUGUGAUCGGAGAUAAUGACAGCCAUGCAAGGUGGUGGCGACGAGCCCACAAGCUUUCAAAUAUCAAAUUUCUGCUGCAGCGCCCUGCGGCUUUUACCAUAGCAAGGUCAGAACCAGGGUCCCAACCUCUCCAGGGCCCUGAGGCUCGUGGUCUCCUGCUCUCCGAGGGCGCCUGCAUCCCGGACCAGCUUUCUUGGGGUCGGGGGGAGCGCAGCCUAAGCGCAGGCCUCCAGUUGACCCACAGUCCUCUCCCAGCCACGGAUUUCCCUAGUCCCUCUCCCAUCCCCCUCCUAUGUCCCAGCUCUUGGUUUCGUCUGGGCCUCGGGAUCCUCCGGGUCCCACCGCUCGCUGCUCGCGGGCAAGCCGCCGGGCUCCGGCGCCUCGAGCGUUGGAGCAGGUCCUGCUCCCGCCGUGGGAGUGGGGACCUAGGGGGCUGCCCCUCCAGGUCCUUGCCUUGGGCCAGCGGUGGACACUGGACACUCGGUAGUAGGAGCCGCUGCAAGGUACGCCCUGGCCCCGCCCCGGCGCGGAAAGCUGCUGCCAGGAAUUGGAAUAUUAAUAGGUACAAACUUCCUGGAAAGAUUUUCGUCUUCGCGGUAGAUGACCCCGCCUUGGCGGCCUUAAGAAAGAAAAAGCCUCCGGGGGCAGGCGGCAGGGAGCCUGGGACCUACAGGAAUCGGGGACACUUGGGACCCUUGGAGUCGCUGGGGAGCAUUGGUCCGGGACCCAGUCGGUGGCUUGUCGCAAACGCCACGGGGCGAGGCCGGGCUCGCGUUUGUAAGCCAGGUCCCCAACGGUGGAGUCCGGACGCCUGAGCGCGCGCCCCCAGGAGCGCGCGCACACUGAGACACCGGGCGCCCUUCUGCAGGGGCCGGGCUCCUCCUCCCGGAAUUCUCUGGCCCAGACGCAGUUGUGGUUAAAGCCACCUCACUCCCUCCCAGCCGCCAGAAGAGGACAGAUCGAUCAGGAAGCGCCCUUCCAGCCGCUGCCGUCCCUGCCCUCACCUUGCUAAUAAGUCAGAUUCCAAUGCCCACGUAGGAAGCUCACUCCACAUACAAAGGCUGGGGUUCUCGAACUCGGGGUUCACUGCUUCGGACAGGAGCACCUGUCCUGAAUUGAUUGAGAGUGUUCUGCCCAUCUGAAAGUCAUCAUUCAUUGAAAAUAUUUUCGAUGCCAGGUGUAGUGGCAAACUUGUAAUUCUGCACUCUGGAGGCAGAGACAGGAAGAUCGCCCAAAGUUAAGUCCUUGACUUAAAUACAAAUUAUUGCUACAAAGCAAAC